GUCUUUGUAGAUCAGUUCCAUYCUAGACGACAAGGUAUCUGAUCGUCAGUAGAAUCCUGUAAAAGCUAUAAAGAUGUUGACAUUGAAAGGAACUGUCGUGUUGGCCUUAGGCCUAGUUACCAUCGCCGUCGAAGAUGCCUUCACGAAGCAAAUUUCUACAUGUACAACUGGUUGGUGCCUGAAUGGGGGAGCGUGCUCGAUCGUCAAUGGCUCCACGCAUUGCAGCUGUCCUGCUAAUUUUACUGGGAAGCGAUGUGAACUUGAUGUUGAUGAGUGUUCUACAUUAUCUCAGUCAUGCAAGAAUGGAGGAAUAUGUACCAAUAUAAUUUGUUCUAUUAACAUCGAUGAAUGCAAGACAGAUGAUGGGUACCCUGUUUGUCAAAAUGGCGGAACAUGUGUUGACAGGGUGGGGUCGUACAAGUGCAUAUGCCCUCCUGGGAAGACAGGCCUUAUAUGUCAAUUCGAUGACCAGUGUACAUCCAGUCCAUGCAGUGUUAAUGCGACUUGUUUAACAUCUCCAUUUGGGGAGGCAAUUUGCAUGUGCUYUAGUGGAUGGACUGGGCCAAMUUGUGAUAUUGAUGUCCAGGACUGCAAUGUAGAUUAUUCUCCCUGUGGGAAUGGCGGAACAUGUAGAGAUAUACCUGGUAGCUAUGUCUGUGACUGUGUUCCAGGAUUUGCUG